GAGAUCACGCCUUUCGCCCCUUCUCCGUCUAUUUCAUGUCCACUGAUCACAUCUUCUAGGGUUUAGCGAUUGGUCCCAACUGCUUCACUAAUAUGGCCGAUUCUGUCCCGUCGCCGUCCUCUUAUCAGAGUCGGAAUACUACGACGACGACGACAACAAUAACUGAUCUCAAUGUAGACUCACUUGUUCACGCUGCUGCCUAUCUUAACCUCCAAGAUGUUUGCAAUUUGGCCAUGACCUGUAGAUAUCUCAAAAGGGCUGCCUAUUCCGAUUCCAUCUGGCAACGUUUCUUCCGGGAGCAUUGGCCGCAACAGCAAUCUUCUAGCUCUUUACAUUCAUGUGGAGUGAGGGAAAUGUAUUUGGCGAGGCGUACGGCAGUUCAGCAGUUUAAGUUUGCUGAUCCCUUUGUCGCUGACUUCUAUACUGAUGUUAGACCUUUCAAUCAUUUGCAGUUGAGUGGAAAUGAUAUCUUUUUAACGCAGGGUUCUAUGAUACAAAUGAUAAAUAUGGAUCGAUAUCAAAGCGGAAAAGAUUUUGCAUCUACGUUAAGUGAUCACAAAGCAAGAAUUACUUGUAUGAGAAAGGGAGCAAAAAGUUUUGGUUACCUCUAGCUGUGAUCACUCCAUUCGUCUGUGGCGAAAGG